GACUGUGGACACAGUACGGGAGAUGACCAGAGACUGCGGACACAGUACAGGACAUGACCAGAGACUGCAGACAUAGUACAGGAGAUGACCAGAGACUGGGGACAUAGUACGGGAGAUGACCAGAGACUGCGGACAUAGUACUGGUGAUGACCAGAGACUGCAGACAUAGUACAGGAGAUGAAUUCAAAUGUUGGUGAAGCGCUACACGUGACACCAGAGACUGUGGACACAGUACAGGAGAUGACCAGAGACUGCAGACACAGUACAGGAGAUGACCAGAGACUGCGGACACAGUACAGGAGAUGACCAGAGACUGCAGACACAGUACAGGAGAUGCCCAGAGACUGUGGACACAGUACAGGAGAUGACCAGAGACUGCGGACACAGUCAAUGGAGUACAGGGGAGCUGGGAUAUACAUUACUGUGUACAUGUAACAUCACUAUAAUGGAGUACAGGGGA